AUGGCCGAACACCAAACAUCCUCCCACUACUUUUGCGAUGAUCAUGAUGAACACCAUUUGUCCUUGUCAUCGUCCACAAAAAAACAAAUUAUAUUUAUACGACAUGGAAGAUCAGUAUUCAACGAAUUAUAUGUGGAGAGUGGGGAGAAUUGUCCUCCGAAUGAUCCUUGGGUGAUUGAUUCAGAGCUCUCGGAAAUAGGUCUCUCCCAAGUGCAAGUUUAUAAUGGACAUUUGGGAAAAUUACUUGAAAAGGCGUUGAAGAGUACUUUGCGAAAUGAUUCACACAAACAAUCGAGCAACAAUGAUUGUUCUAUGAAAAUUAUUUCUAGUCCAUUGACGAGAUGUAUUCAAACAUGUUUUCAUGUGUUAAACACUCAUCAGAUACUGCUUGUGAACAAAGAAGAAACUGUUUUGAAUGAAUCUAGAAAAAUUAUUGAGAUCGAUCCUGAUUGCACAGAACUUGAAGAAUCUUCAUGUGAUGUUGGAAGUACAUAUUGUGAAUUAAUUGCCAAUGAAAAGAUGAAGCAUAUACUAUCUCAUUUUGAUUUGAGACUCAUCGAGAAUAGAGGAAAGUGGUGGUAUCAAAGUGAGGAUAAUUCCCAGCAAACAGUUCAUUUUGAGCCUUGGGAACAUUUUAUGGAAAGAGUGAGGCGAUUUACUGCUCGUUUGCAUACUGACCUCACAACCUGUGACACCAUCGUUGUUUUUUCUCAUUUUACUUUCAUCAGAGAGUGCGUCAAUUAUUUGGCAUCAUCUCUAAAGAUUGACCAUGCUCAUUCCAUUGUUGGAGAAGAGGAAUCAAAACAGAAAAACAUCCCAAUAUCGAAUCUCGAAAAUCGAGAAGUAAUCAUUUUAGAAUUUGAUCGCAAUUAA